CGGCGGAGGCGUUCGCUCUACGGGGCUUGGGCAGCGGCGAGAGGCGGCGCUGCUGCCGCCGCCGCGCGAAGCCCGCCCGCCCCGACACAAAGGCGAGGGCGGGAGCGCGGCGGCUGCGGCUCCCGCUCCCCCGCCCGCAUGGCGGCAGCGCCGCGGGCGCACCCGGCGCCGGUCGCACGGAGCUAGGCCGGCGCGGCCCUCCCGCGCCUCAACAUGGGGCCCCGCCGCCCGCUCCGGCCCGCGUUGCUGCCGCCGCUGCUGCUGCUCGCGGCGCUGGGCGGCGGCGCCGCGCUGCCCCCGGGCUGCAAGUACGACGGUCGCCCCAGGAGCGGCGGCAGAGCGGCGGGCGGCCCCGUGGACGGCAAGGUGGUGUGCAGCAAUCUGGAGCUCGAUCGGGUCUUGCCUCCCGAGGCGCUGCCCAACAGGACGGUCACCCUGAUUCUGAGUAACAAUAAAAUAACAGAGUUGAAGAAUGGUUCCUUUUCAGGAUUAAACCUUCUUGAAAGAUUGGACCUUAAGAACAAUCUUAUUAGUACUAUAGAUCCAGGAGCUUUUCUGGGACUUUCAUCUCUGAAGAGACUGGACUUGACUAAUAACAGAAUAGGCUGCCUGAACGCAGAUAUUUUUAGAGGACUUGCAAAUCUUAUUAGAUUGAAUCUUUCUGGAAAUCUGUUUUCUACACUUACACAGGGAACAUUUGAUCAUCUUGGUUCACUAAAGUCUCUAGAAUUUCAAACUGAUUAUCUUCUUUGUGAUUGCAACAUACUGUGGAUGCAUCAGUGGUUAAAAGAAAGAAAUAUAACUGUACGUGAAACUAAAUGUGUCUAUCCCAAGUCACUUCAGUCACAGACAGUGACUGGUGUAAAGCAAGAGCUUCUGACCUGUGAACCACCACUUGAAUUACCAUCUUUUUAUAUGACUCCAUCUCACCGCCAGGUUGUCUUUGAAGGAGAUAGUCUACCCUUCCAAUGUAUGGCUUCCUAUAUUGAUCAAGACAUGCAAGUCUUGUGGUAUCAGGAUGGAAAGAUAGUGGAAACUGAUGAGUCUCAGGGUAUUUUUGUUGAAAAAAACAUGAUUCAUAACUGCUCACUGAUUGCAAGUGCACUGACAAUCUCAAACAUCCAGGCUGGCUCCACAGGAAACUGGGGCUGCCAUGUGCAAACCAGACGUGGGAAUAACACAAGGACAGUAGACAUUGUAGUGUUAGAAAGUUCUGCACAAUACUGCCCUCCAGAGAGAGUUGUGAACAAUAAAGGGGACUUCAGGUGGCCUAGAACAUUGGCAGGCAUCACAGCAUACCUGCUGUGUACACGUUAUUCUGCUGGCAGUGGGAUAUAUCCUGGCAGCUCACAAGAUGAGAGAAGAGCCUGGCGCAGAUGUGACAGGGGAGGGUACUGGGCAGAAGAGGACUACUCCAGGUGCCAGUAUGCAAAUGAUGUGACUAGAGUUCUUUAUAUGUUCAAUCAGAUGCCGCUGAACCUCACUAAUGCAGUGGCAACAGCAAGACAGCUCUUGGCUUACACUGUGGAAGCAGCAAAUUUUUCUGAUAAGAUGGAUGUGAUUUUUGUGGCUGAAAUGAUAGAGAAAUUCGGAAGAUUUGCUGAAAAAUAUAAAGAGCUUGGUGACGUGAUGGUAGACAUAGCAAGUAACAUCAUGUCAGCUGAUGAGCGUGUUCUGUGGAUGGCACAAAGGGAAGCCAAAGCUUGCACUAGAAUUGUACAGUGUUUACAGAAAAUUGCUGUGUAUCGGCUUGCAAAUGGAGCUCAAGUUUAUUCUACAUAUUCUCCAAAUAUUGCUCUUGAGGCUUAUGUAAUAAAGGCUGCUGGUUUCACCGGGAUGACGUGCACCGUAUUUCAGAAAGUGGCUACAUCAGACCGUACAGGACUCAGUGAUUACGGGAGAAGAGAUCCAGAUGGAAAUCUAGAUAAACAAUUAAGUUUUAAGUGCAAUGUUUCAAAUACACUGUCAAGUCUGGCUUUAAAGAACACAAUUGUAGAGGCGUCUAUCCAGUUGCCAGCUUCCCUUUUCAACCAAAAGCAAAAGAGAGAAAUCAGACCCGCAGAUGAAUCUGUCUACAAGCUUCAGCUUAUAGCGUUUCGCAAUGGAAAGCUUUUUCCAGCAACAGGAAAUUCAACAAAUCUGGCUGAUGAUGGGAAACGUCGUACAGUUGUAACACCAGUUAUUCUUACCAAGAUAGAUGGUUUAAACCUAGCCAGUCACCACGUUCCUAUAAAUGUGACACUGCGGCGCAUUGCGCAUGGAGCAGAUGCUGUUGCAGCUCAGUGGGACUUUGAUCUACUGAAUGGACAAGGAGGCUGGAAAUCUGAUGGUUGUCGCAUUCUUCUGUCCGAUGAAAAUAUUACUACCAUUCAGUGCUACUCCCUCAGCAACUAUGCUGUGUUAAUGGACUUGACGGGAGCUGAAUUAUAUACACAGCCAGCUGAUCUUUUGCAUCCAGUAAUUUAUGCUACUGCCAUGGUUUUGCUAAUGUGCCUCUUGAUGAUUAUAGUCAGUUACGUAUAUCAUCACAGUGUGAUCAGGAUCAGUGUAAAAAGCUGGCAUAUGCUUGUUAACCUGAGCUUUCAUAUUUUCCUGACAUGUGUGAUGUUUAUUGGAGGCAUAACUCAGACCAGGAAUGCCAGCAUUUGCCAAGCAGUUGGAAUAAUUCUGCAUUAUUCGACUCUAGCAACAGUAUUGUGGCUGGGAGUGACAUCUCGUAAUAUUUACAAGCAAGUAACCAAAAAAGCAAAGAGAUGUCAAGAUCCUGAUGAGCCACCUCCUCCACCCAGACCAAUGCUGAGGUUCUACCUUAUUGGUGGAGGGAUCCCUAUCAUAGUUUGUGGAAUAACAGCAGCAGCAAACAUCCGAAAUUACGGCAGCAGACCUAAUGCUCCUUAUUGCUGGAUGACUUGGGAACCAAGCUUAGGAGCAUUUUAUGGACCAGCUAGCUUUAUAAUUUUCAUAAACUGUAUGUAUUUUCUCAGCAUAUUCAUACAACUAAAGCGUCACCCUGAACGUAAAUAUGAACUCAAGGAACCCAUUGAGGAACAGCAGCGUCUGGCCACCAAUGAACACGGGGAAAUGGCACAUCAAGAUUCAUUGUCAGUGUCAUUAGUAUCCACAUCUGCUUUGGAGAACGAGCAUAGCUUUCAAGCACAACUGCUGGGAGUAGGCCUUACUUUGCUUUUGUAUGUCGUGCUGUGGAUUUUUGGAGCUCUAUCAGUCUCCCUGUAUUAUCCUAUGGACGUGAUCUUCAGCUGUUUUUUUGGGGCAACGUGUUUAAGCCUCGGUGCCUUUCUUAUGGUUCACCAUUGUAUUAACAGGGAAGAUGUCAAGCAUGCUUGGAUAACGACUUGCUGUCCCGGAAGGAGUACAUAUUCAGUGCAAGUAAAUGUUCAGCCCUCCAGUUCCAGUGGAACAAAUGGAGAGACCCCCAAGUGCACCAACAGUAGCGCAGAAUCUUCAUGUACAAAUAAAAGUGCAUCAAGCCUAAAAAAUUCUUCUCAAGGUUGUAAGCUAACUAACUUACAAGCUGCAGCAGCUCAGUGCCACCCUACUUCUCUGCCGUUGAACACAGGUCUGCAGCUUGAUAACAGUCUCACUGAACAUUCAGUGGAUAAUGAUAUCAAAAUGCAUGUAGCUCCCUUAGAGGUACAGUUUCGGACAAAUGGACACCCAAGUCGUCAUCAUAAGAACCGAAGCAAGGGACAUCGUGCUAGCAGGCUUGCAGUAUUGAGGGAAUAUGCAUAUGAUGUUCCCACGAGCGUGGAAGGAAGCGUGCAAAAUGGCUUAACUAAAAGUCGACAAAGCAACAGCGAAGGGCAUUCAAGAAGCCGAAGAGCCUAUUUGGCAUACAGAGAGCGUCAGUAUAACCAGUCCCAACAGGACAGCAGUGAUGCUUGCAGUACACUUCCAAAAAGUAGCAGAAAUACCGAAAAAACAAUAACUACCAACAACAAAAAAGAUAUUCUAAGGAAACCAAUAGCAGUUGAACUUGAAAACCAACAGAAAUCUUAUGGCUUAAAUUUAGCCGUUCAGAAUGGAUCGCUUAAAAGCAGUGGACAGGAUGGACCCUUGCUCACUGCAGACAGUACUGGUAAUAUUAGAACUGGGUUGUGGAAACACGAAACUACUGUGUAGCAUUAUAAUUCAUUGUGAGACGAAUCCAUAUGAACUGUGAUUAUACAUUCCUUAAAGCUAUUAACACUUUCAAAGGCGGUUUACAAACUCUAGGUACUUUAUGCAAGGAGGGAACAAAGAUAAUCUGCCAAGCAAAGAUUGUAUGCAUUAUUAUCCUUGCUGUUCUUACACAGACGAACAUUUGGUAUUCUGUGAAAUUUUUGAAGCAUCAGUCUUGAGAGAUGCAGAGCAUAACUUUUACAUUUUUAUAUUUUACCUGUAACUCUGCAGAUAUGUCCACAACACAUUUCAAAUUUGUAUUUAAAUGUAUAAUAAAUAGUAUUUUCCCCAGCAGCCUGAUGUUGCACUUAUUUGUUUGCUUGUUUUAAAGAUUAUUGCACUGAGUUUCAUCUUAAUUUUACUGCUUCAGUAACUGAAACUUUCGAGUUUGGUGUCUGAAAUAGACAAUGCUGAAUUGCAUAAGGCUUAGAAUUUGUUUGAAAUGAAGAAGCUACAUUCUAAAGAAGCUACAUUUUUAGUGUACAGGCAACUUGUUUGCUCCAAAAUCAUUGUCUUGUACGUGCUGCAGAAGUUACUUGUAUUUUUAGAUGGCUGAGGCACAGCGGUUUAGUUUCCUUGGUAAUACUUUUGGUUAAUACUCUAUUUUGUUCUCAUAAUUACUUGAGAAUUUUUUUUCAUUUUUUUUAAUCAUCUGUAAUCGAAGAUUUUCAGUGUUCACAGGCAGUAGGGGCUAAUUUACAAAGUUCAUCAGUACAUACCAAUGAAAAUGCCUUCAGUAAUAAUAGUGUGGAAGAAUUUUAGCAUGGGUGUUUUGAGAGGUCGUAAAGGGAUACCUGUUCAGACUUCGAUUAGUAGGCAAAGCCAGGGUCUUUGGGUUCAGUGUCACUAUACAAGCUGACUCUUGAGAGAGCAUUUUGAUUUGCAAGUCCACUUUUACUCACCUGUAUGUGACUACUGGCAGAAUAAUCUUCUCUUCUCCGAUACUAUGCAGCAUCUGUGUUUAAAAGAAAAGUUUCAGUAACCGAGCUAUAUUAAGAUUGCCAGUUUUAAAAUGUAAAUCCUUGCAGUAGAAAGAGUUAAACCAUGCAAUCUUUUACAAUAAUGUAAAUCCUGAAUAAUAAAAAGUUUUAUAUAAAUGUUGAAUAAUAAAAGUUGUAGUUGAAUUAAACUCAAAUUUAAAUUUAAUUGCAGUGUAAUUCCAAAAAUUGGUGUCAAGGUCAAAAUACUUUGUGAAAUGUAAUACUAUAGAAUAGAUUGUCAAUUAUGAAUAUAGCUUUCUAUAGUUAAAUUGGACAUUAGCUCAGUGUUAACAGGAUCGUAUUUUGUGUCAUCCUGCUGCUGAUAUGCAUUUAAGAUAGUUGCAGAGUAAUGCUUGGGGUUAUACCUGUUUCCAGUACUGAUACCUGUUUUACUAAAAUCAUGCGUAUUAAUAAUAGCAAAAAAUAGUUUGUAUAAUCUAGUACUGACAUCACAACUCAACUUCUAAGCAACAAAUAGAAUUGGAUUCUGUAUAUACUUGACUACUUGGUUACCUACUUCAGACUUGUCACUAGUGGGUAUUUUAGUUAAGUCUACCUGUUUGAAUACAGAAACAAGUCUGUUCUAAUGUUCUCAGUACUCAAAUGUUGUGUUAAAUUGUUUAUAAAGUGAGAACUCAUUCAUACAUGUUUAAUAUUGCUUGCCUGGUUUACUGCACCCUAUACUAAUUGGUCUGAACUAAUCUUGGAUUCAAUGUACAAACCUCUCCAGUAGGACAGGGUUGUUAGGAUCUGAGUUCUAUUUUUGCUUCUUGUAAGUAGCUGCCAUUUAAGAAUACUUAGAGCAACAUUUUGACAAGUGUAUGACUCAGUUUUGGUUGCUAUUCUAUUUUACUGGCUUCAAGAGAGGUAGCUUUUAGCUUGUAACCAGGCUUACAGCUACCAUAUGGAUAAGCGCUCACAUAAAUGAAUUUACAGGUAUUACUAAAGAAAAGAAUUUAAACUCUGUGUCCAAAUACAUGUGAAGUAUUUACAUUUUAAGUUGUUUGACAAGAUGGUCAUUGCUAAAAAAGCUGUUUGUGGGUUCUUUGUUGUAGGGAGUGUUCCCCUUGGUGGCAGAAAUAUAUUUUGGACCUGGAAGUCAAAACCAGUUACUUGAUCUCUUUCUAUUCCAAAUGCAACAGGUCUGUUUGUCUUGAUUUAGUAAUGGAUUGAAUGAAAACCGAAUUUCAGACACUAAGUGUAAGGGCGUGUGCUAAAAAAAGCACUUAUCUCUGAUCUGAAUUUGUAUAUUGCACAACUAGCAGCAAUAUAAUAAUUGGAGUUGCUUCAUACUGAGUUUGUAACCCUAAACCUAGAUACUUCUAGAUUAUAUUUCAUCACGAAUGUAUACCGUCCUGGUAUUUUUACAGUAACAGAUGUAUGUACUAAUGCAAAAGAUUUAAACCUAGUUUGUGUUUUCUUUAAAACCGUAGAUCUAGAAAAGUAUAUUCCACAUAUAUAAUGGAAAAAUGUCAAAACACCCUGGAGAUUUUCUCAUUAUCUGAGCAAGGUAUGAUACAGACUCAGGAUAAGAUCAGUUAUCCUUUAAAAUCUGCUUGCCCUUUCCUUUUAGUACUUGACACUUUUUUCACAGCUUUGGAGUGGAGCAUCAGUUUAGUCUUUCUUGAACCCGACCUUAAAAAUGCCUU